AUGCCUCCCAAAAAGAUCGACAAGGCCGCCGCCGGCGGAGGCAAGAAGCCGUCGGCCAGCAAGAUGGUCGAGGACCGGACCUUUGGCAUGAAGAACAAGAAGGGAGCCGUCGCCCAGAAGCAGAUUGCGCAGAUGACGACCAACCUCAAGGCCGGCGGCACGGCCGAGGAGAAGCGCAAGGCGGCCGAGAAGGCGGCGCGCGAGCGCGAGAAGAAGGCGGCCGAAGAUGCCAGGAGGGAAGCGGCCGAGCUCAUGAACAGGCCGGCUCAGAUACAAAAGGUGCCCUUUGGCGUCGACCCCAAGACCGUGCUCUGCAUCUUCUACAAAAAGGGCGACUGCGAAAAGGGAAAGAAGUGCAAGUUCUCGCACGACCUGACCAUCGAGCGCAAGACGGAAAAGAAGAACCUCUACUCCGAUUCCAGGGCCGCCGAGGACGAGGAGAAGGAAAAGGAAAAGAAGCAGGAGACGUCGGCCGACUGGGACGAGGAGCAGCUGCGCAAGGUCGUCCUGUCCAAGAAGGGCAAUCAAAAGACGACGACGGAAAAGGUGUGCAAGUUCUUCAUCUCGGCCAUCGAGGACGGCAAGUACGGUUGGUUCUGGAUCUGUCCCAACGGCGGCGACAAGUGCAUGUACAAGCAUGCUCUGCCCCCCGGAUUCAUCCUCAAGACCAAGGAGCAGCGGGCGGCGGAAAAGGCCCUGCUGGACAAGUCGCCGCUCAAGACGCUCACGCUCGAGGAUUUCUUGGAAUCGGAGCGGCACAAGCUCACCGGCACCCUGACGCCGGUGACGCCGGAAUCCUUUGCCAAGUGGAAGAAGGAUCGGCUGGACAAGAAGGCGGCCGAGGAGCAGGCGCGCAAGGCCAAGGAGAACACGGGUCGUGCCCUGUUCGAGAGCGGCAAGUGGCGCGACGCCGACGAUUCCGACGCCGACGACGACGACGACGACGCCUGGAACCUCGAGAAGCUGAGGCGAGAGACCGAGGCUCUUCGCCUGCAGAAGGAGGAGGACCGACUGCUGGCCGUGCAUGGCGGCGAAACGCCCCUCACGGCCAUGUCGGGGGCGGCGACGCCGGCCGAGCCUGCUGGAGCCAAUCCUGGCGCCGUCUGA